AUGGCGGGAACACUCCAAUUCCUCAAAGUUCAGUCUCCGGCCACCGCAACUCCGCCGUUCCGGAUUCGUCAUCUCAGGUUACCGACCUCUCAAUUCUCAUUCCUCAGUAGCCGAACUUUGGGUGUUUCUCGCUUAUCAAUUACUCCCGUUUCCACCAGUACCGUCGUUGUCAGAGCCAGUACCAAUUCCCAAUCCCUGCAGGGAGAUGAUGGUGGGAAGCAACUUUCGCUGCUGAAAACUGGGAACUGGGCUGAACCAAUUUUAAAGUUUGCUUCCAGCAAUUUUCUUCCAUUAGCUCUUGUUACUGGAGUGACAUUAGGAUUUGUGAAUCCUACCCUUGGCUGUCUCGCUCAUAAAUAUCAUCUAACAAAGUUCAGCACUUUCGGAAUAUUUAUUAUAUCAGGAUUGACAUUGCGUUCUGAUGCAAUUGGUGCUGCUGCCGAAGCUUGGCCAGUUGGUCUUUUUGGGCUAGUUUCAAUUUUGUUUUUAACUCCAUUAUUUUCAAAUGUCAUCAUGCUCGUUAAGCUGCAACCUCAGGAAUUUAUUACAGGACUGGCUAUAUUUAGUUGUAUGCCUACAACAUUAUCAAGCGGAGCAGCACUUACCCAGCUAGCUGGUGGGAAUUCAGCCCUAGCCCUUGCGAUGACUGUUCUAUCUAAUCUCUUGGGAAUCCUAGUUAUUCCUUUUUCCAUUUCCAAAUUCAUAGCUUCCGGAGUUGGUGUGUCAGUUCCUACUGAGCAGUUAUUGAGAAGCCUGGUUCUCACACUCCUUCUUCCUCUCAUCUUGGGGAAGGUCCUUCGGGAGUCAACCAAAAGUGUGGCUGAUUUUUGUGAUCGAAAUCGGAAACUUUUGUCCGUGAUGAAUGCAGCUCUCCUCAGUCUAGUACCCUGGAUGCAGAUCAGCAGAUCAAGAUCACUGCUUAUGAUGGUUAAACCAGCAGUAUUUUUACAAGCUGUUUGUUUGGGAGUGCUUUUGCAUGCUGCCCUGUUGCUGUUUAAUGGUCUUGCGAUGGGUAUCCUGUCAACUCUUUUGGGUGAAAAAUCUCCUUUUGCAAAGAAACAAAAUGCCACUGCUGUUCUGCUGGUCGCGAGCCAGAAAACCUUGCCUGUAAUGGUUUCUGUGGUUGAGCAGCUUGGUGGGGCUAUAGGUGUAUCUGGUCUGCUGGUUCUUCCGUGUGUGGCCGCUCAUUUGAACCAGAUUGUUUUCGACUCAUUUCUGGUGAGCUUGUGGCUUCAAAAGGCGAACACACUUGAAGUUGCCAAGGCUGCCUAG